AUUUCGCUUCGCACCGUGUUUGCGUUCACAACUCUUGUUCGGGUUCUGCAUUUUAUUUUAUUAUUAUUAUUUUUUUUUGUUUGUUGCUAUUCGGUAAUCCUCCACAUCACAGUCAACCAAUGGGACCAAAUCACUGCGACUCGAACUGGAAACAAUCAGCAUCGGAUCGCACGGAGCAACAGGUGGUGGAGCAGCAGCCCCAGAAGGCGACGGGGGAGCGGCCAACAUAGGAGCAGCAACGUCGGCAGCAGCUGCCCAAGGCCCCUCGAGAAUGUCUAGCCGGAAGCCGCCAGUAGGCGCUGGAGGAGCUGACGAAGCCACAGGAGCAGCUGCAUCCCUGGACGACAAUGCCAAUGCCAGCGUGGAGAUUCCGGCCAGCAACGAGGAGCCAACAACGGGCGACGGCGAAGAGCUGGCCAUCAUUAUCAAAACAACAACUCCAACGCCGCCAGUGGAGGCGGCGGAGGAGUCAACAGCAGCAGUAGAGGUGGAAGGGGACAAGGAGCAGGAUGUCAAGGAAUCCUGUCCAGCACCCAAGACGCCUAGAUCCACGCCCACGCCAACGCUCACGCCGGCCGUCACACCCAACGCUAGUGAUGGGGUGGCGGCCAAGAGCGUGAGGGUUACCAGGCACUCGUCGCCACUGCUCCUACUCAGCUCGCCCACGACUAGCAGGCGUGAGGUCGGCGACGGAGCGCUGGACACCGAGGAGCCAACGGGAUCGGGCUGCCAAAGGAAGAGCUCUGUGGAGCGAUCAAUAGCGCCCGUCAUACGCGGACGCAAGUCCAUCAAGGAUCUGAAAGAAGCCAAAGAAGUCAAGUCCGAGGAGGCGCCUGCAGGGGCAGCAGAUGCAGGAGCUGCAACUGGAUCAACGCCUGGGCAGGCCAAGGAACAAGCCGGCGAGGAUAACGAGCUGGAAUCCUCACUUGCCACGGACACAAAAGACCAUACAGAAAUAAAAGACAAGGAUGAAAAUCGGGAAAGCGAUAAGCAAAAGGAUCACGAGAAUACAGAAAAAGAAAGGGCUGCUAAAACAGAAUUAAUUUCAGAGAAAGAAAUAUCUGCACAGAAGGGAAAAGAUACAGAGAAAGAUAAAGAAAAAGCUGCAGAGAAAGAAAAAGAUACGGAGAAAGAAAAAUAUACUGAUUCAAAUAAAGAAAAGGACACAGAUAAAGAGAAGGAAAAGGUGAAGGAAACAGUGGCGCAAGUGGUGCCAAUCGCGCCAGUGACACCCACUUGCAAUCGCGUCACCCGCAAAUCACAUGCCCAAGAGCAGGUGAUAAACACGCGGGUCACCCGCAACCGUCGCCAAUCCUCCACCGUGGGAGCCAUCCUCUCAUCCUCCGCGUCCUUAACAGCCGCCUCCUCCUCAGCCACAGAGCAACCGCUUCCUUCUCGGGGUCGACGGAAGAAGCUGGCGGCAGUGGCUCCACCCAUUGAGCCUGCGGUGAAACGGAAGAGGUCCCAAGAUGCUGAAGCUGAUCAGGAGGCCUCCAGCAGCGCAAAAUACAGUAAGGUCGAAGUGGUAAAGACAGAGGAGGUGGAGGCACCAGAAGAGGACGCCGCCGCUAUGUCCAUCAAGCAGGAACCUAUGGAUGCCAGCGAGGUCAGCUCUAUAUCUCCAUCAGUCACGCCUACUCCCACACCUACGCCAACGCCAGCUCCAAUCUCGGGCAGCCGUCGGGGACGUGGGCGCCCGCAGAACAGAAACUCCUCCUCGCCGGCGGCCACCACGCGAGCCACGCGACUGAGCAAGGCAGGAUCACCGGGUAUCCUGACACCAGUGGCUCAGGAACCAGCGCCACCGAAGCGGCGGCGAGUGGGCUCCAGCACACGGAAGACUGCCUCGGCCAGCUCUCUGGCACCCAGCUCGCAGGGCGGCGCCGGGGACGAGGACUCCAAGGACAGUAUGGCCUCGUCCAUGGACGAGUUGCUGCUGGCCGCCGUGGAAAUCAAGCAGGAGAAGCUGACGCCAGACUUCGACGACAGUCUGCUGCCGGAGAGCCUGCCCUCCACUUCUGGUGCUUCGAGUGCCAAUGGUCAUUCCUGCAUCGAACCACUCACUGUGGAUACUGAAAGCAUCAGUAAGCCUGCUGAUCCCGCGGUUAAGCCUAAAGAGUCACCGGCAACAGCAGCCGAGGAAUCCCCAUCGCAAUCCGGAACUCAUUCUGCCCUGGUCUGUGCAGCUCCGGGGAAGGCUCAAUCGCUCAGCCCGGAGAUGAUUAGCGAGGGCGUGAGUGCAGUCAGUGUGCGGAAGUUCUACAAGAAGCCCGAAUUCUUAGAAAAUAACCUUGGCAUCGAGAAGGAUCCGGAACUGGGCGAGAUCGUCCAGACUGUGAGCAACAAUGACACGGAAGCAGAUGUGGACAUGUCUUUAGAUAAGGAUGUUACCCAAGCUGAAUGUCCUAAGUCGCAAACCGAUGAGCACCAUGAAAAGAAAGAGGAGCAUGAAAAAGAUCCUCAACUGGAAGCAGGAGAAGGAACGGAAGCUGUUGCCGCACUAGAACCUGCAGCUGAAGUUCUUUCUGAAAUUCUUGGUGCACAUCCUGGGGAAAUUCCUAAUAAAUUUACAGACGAAAUUACAACCGAAGCAGAGGAAGACACCUGUUCAAAUAGCUCAAUAAAAGCAGGUGAGCUGGUGGCCCUAAACUCGGACAGCGAUGGCCAUGAGCUGCUGCUGGAUAGCCUCUUCAAUGGCGAUGAGAUACCAGAUCAGCCGGAAGAAAAGACUAAGCCAGAGGGUAAUGUGCAGUUCUUCCAUUCAGAUGACUACGAUGAUUUCGAUCACGAGAUUAUGGAGGAGCUGGCCAAAGAGGGUGUACUAGACGCCAGUGGCAAUGCGUUGAGCCAGCAAAAGGCUGAUAUCGAGCAAUCCGAGGAUGUUACACUGCCCGAAUCCAAAAGCGACGUGAAGGAACCCUUAGCUGCGGACGAGGAGACGGCGAAAUGUGAGCCUUCGCCCGCGGACGAAAUGGUGGCUUUGGAAGUCGAGGAAUCCUAUAUCGACAUUAAGCAGCAAACGGAUCUAGUGUUAGCCGAACACCUGGUAGAAGAUGCCACGGAUACGGACGGCGGUCCCGAGGAUAACAAGGAGAAUCUGUCCACGUCUGCUGCCAGCACUGCUGCCGAGGGUCUGGACAUCCAGUUGACCCUUAAGGAGGAUGAGGACGAGGAGAAACCACUGGCAGUCAUUGCUGCCGAACAGAAGCCGGAGCUGCUGCUCAAGGAGCAGGUCACGGAUAUGGAGGUGGAUGAAAAACCGAACGGCAAGCAGGAAUCGAUCUGCGACGAGCACCUGCAACUGCUGCGACAAGAGCAGGAAAUCCACCUGCAGAACCUUGGUCUACUCACGCACCAGGCCGCUGAACAGAGGCGAAAGAUUCUGCUCGAGGCCCAGACUCGCCAGGCGCAACUGCAGCACCAGCAGCAUCAGCACAACCAGCACAAGCGGCAGGGAGCGCGGGGAGGAGGCAGUGCCACCCAUGUGGAAUCUAGCGGUACUCUAAAGACAGUCAUCAAGCUGAACAGGAGCAGCAAUGGAGGCGUGGGCGGCAGUGGAGGCCUUCCCACGGGGACAGUUAUCCAUGGCGGCAGUGGCUCCUCUUCCGCCUCCUCCACGUCCUCCUCAUCGGUGGGCAGUGCCACACGCAAAUCAAGCGGUGCUUUGGGCUCAGGAUCAGGUGCGGGAGCAGGUUCUGGAGUCCGCCGGCAAUCGCUGAAGAUGACAUUCCAAAAGGGUCGGGCUCGUGGACAUGGGGCUGCGGACCGAUCCGCCGACCAGUAUGGCACCCACGCCGAGGACUCCUACUACACAAUUCAAAACGAGAACGAAGGUGCGAGAAAGUUAAUUGUAACCACGGGUAAUCCCGGCCGCAAGACCAAUAACCGUUUCAGCUCGACUAACAACCACCACUCCUCGGUAGCCUUGCACGGCAGCAACUCUGCGGUCCAUUGCUAUUCGUCACACUCGGAGAGUCAGGGACAGGCGGAGCACGGUUCCUACCAGAUGGUGAAGAAGGACGAGAAGGAGAAGAUCCUCAUUCCCGAGAAGGCCUCCUCGUUCAAGUUUCACCCGGGGAGGCUGUGCGAAGACCAGUGCUAUUACUGCAGCGGCAAGUUUGGACUCUAUGACACCCCCUGCCACGUGGGCCAGAUCAAGUCCGUGGAGCGCCAGCAAAAGAUCUUAGCCAACGAGGAGAAGCUGACGGUGGAUAACUGUUUGUGCGACGCCUGUUUCAGACACGUGGAUCGCCGAGCGAAUGCGCCAUCAUACAAGAAGCGUCUCUCGGCUCCAAGUCAUUUGAACACGAGCGUGGGCUGCUCAGCGGGGUCCGCUGCACUGGAGAAGCACUUUGUCGGCGACAGUGGCGUUAUUUCGGAGGUGGGAGAAGAAGCGGGCUCGUCGGCAACGGGAGCCGUGCACCAUCGCUCCUGCGCCGUUAAGGACUGCGUCGAGGCGGCAGGACACUCGCUCCGGCGCAAGUGCAUCCGCAAGAGCGUGAAGAAGUUCCAGCUCAACCUAGAGAUUCCCGCCGGCUCCUCGAUCGUGUGGCUGUGCGAGUCGCACUACAACACAGUCAUCCAGUUCUCGGGCUGCGUGCUCUGCAAGCGGCGGUUGGGCAAGAACCAUAUGUACAACAUAACCACGCAGGACACGGAUCGGCUGGAAAAAGCGCUGUCCGAGAUGGGCAUACCGGUUCAGCUGGGCAUGGGCACCGCCGUCUGUAAGCUGUGCCGCUACUUUGCCAACCUGCUGAUGAAGCCCCCGGAUAGCACCAAGUCCCAAAAGGCGGAGUUCGUCAAGAACUACAGGAAGAGACUUCUCAAGGUUCACAAUCUGCAGGAUGGCAGCCACGAAGUGUCUGAGGCAGAUGAAGAAGAGACACCCACUACGGCAGAGACUGAGAGGGCAACGACAGACUGCCACGAGGAUGCCGAAAUGCCGUUGGUAGUGGACUAUGAUGGACCUACCGACUCCAACUCGAGUACCUCCUCGAACACGGCCCUGGACACCUGCAAGCAAAUGUCCAAGCUUCAGGCCAUCCUGCAGCAGAAUCUGGGAGCAGAUUCUGCAGGAGCAGCGGGUGCAGGAGCAGCCGCUGGAGCGGGUGCUGUAGGAAACGGAUCUGGUGCAGACAUCUCGAACGUGCUUCGUGGAAAUCCGAACAUUUCGAUGCGUGAACUAUUCCACGGCGAGGAAGAGCUGGGCGUGCAGUUUAAGGUGCCCUUCGGAUGCAGCAGCAGCCAGCGGACGCCGGAGGGCUGGACGCGGGUGCAGACGUUCCUGCAGUACGACGAGCCGACGCGCCGCCUUUGGGAAGAGUUGCAGAAGCCGUACGGCAACCAGAGCUCCUUCCUGCGCCACUUAAUCCUAUUGGAGAAGUACUACCGUAACGGGGAUCUCGUCCUGGCACCGCACGCCUCAUCCAAUGCCACGGUUUACACGGAGACUGUUCGCCAGCGGCUAAACUCAUUCGAUCACGGCCACUGCGGAGGAUUGGGCAGCACCGGCAGCCCUUCUUCAAGUUCCAGCAAGCGCAGCGGCAUUCCUCAGCAUGCGGGUGGUGCCAGUGUGCUUGCCACCGCUCUAACAACACCCACGACUAGCCACUCGUCCUCUGCAGCCACUUCAGCGGAACAGCAUGCGUCAGUGGAUCCUGUCAUUCCGCUGGUGGAGCUCAACGACGAUGACGAAGGCGAGGAUGGGGUAGGCGGAGCGGCUGAUGGAGAGUCGGAUGCCAGGCAGUCAGAAUCACCCUUGGAACGCUUCAGCGCAGUCUCGGUGGACAAGCUAACCAAGCAGCUCAGCUCGAACGCAGUGACGAUCAUUGCACGGCCCAAGGAAAAAUCACAGCUGUCCUCCAACAGCGGAUCCUCAACGUCAAUCUCCAGCUCCUCGUCUGCUGUUUCCUCGCCAGAGGAGGUGGCCGCCACCAAGGUCGCCACAGCUGCUCCCGCCCAGUCCAAGGAUGCACCACCACUGGUGCCCGCAGGUGGCGGUGUUGGCAACAGUCGUAGUAUCCUCAAGACCAAUCUCCUGGGCAUGAACAAGUCUGUGGAAAUUGUGCCGCUGACGCCCACCUCACACACAUACAAGUCAACGGCAAGCCAUGUUCUUGAGAAGCAGCAAAAGAUCCUCGACGUGGCCGUGGCCAACAAGCUGCUAAGCAGCCAGAGCGAAUCGGCUUCCGCUGCUCUGUUCAGUCUGCAGUCCAAGCUGAAGCCUCCAAUGCAUCAGCAACAGGGCGCCGGAUCAGGGGGAUCAAGUGGUCCCCAGAAGCCUCCAAGUGUGGCCCAAUUGCUGAGCUCUCCACCAGAACUGAUUAGUCUACAUCGGCGGCGGACGAGCGGAGCUGGAGCGACGACCAACAGCCUGCUGAGCAAUCUGCCCGGCAAGAGGCUCCAACUUGCACGAUCUGGAGCAGGACCUUCAGCAGGAGCUGGAACGGGCGCAGGAGCUGCAGGAAACCGAGCUGCAGGUGGACCACCUCCGCCCAAUGUGGUCAUACUGCCGGACACCUUAACCGCCCAGGAGCGGCAUGAGAGCAAGAGUUGGAAGCCCACGCUGAUACCGCUGGAGGAUCAGCACAAGGUGCCGAAUAAGUCGCAUGCCCUGUAUCAGACCGCCGAUGGGCGUCGGCUUCCCGCUCUGGUGCAGGUGCAGUCCGGUGGCAAGCCAUACCUUAUCUCCAUCUUCGACUACAACCGCAUGUGCAUCCUGCGCAGGGAGAAGCUGCUGCGCGACCAGAUGCUCAAGGCCAACGCCAAGCAGAAGCCGCAAAACCAGCAGCAGCAGCAACAGGUGCAGACGCAUCAGCAGCAGCAGAACUCUGCCGCCUCGGCGGCUGCCUUCUCCAACAUGGUGAAGCUGGCCCAGCAGCACACGGCGCGUCAACAACUCCAGCAGCUGCAGCAGAAGCAGCAGCAACAACAGCAACAAAUGCCCACUUUGCAGCCAGGAGGAGCGGCAGGAGCCGGUAUCAGACUGGCACGUUUGGCUCCCAAACCGGUGCCACCGCUGACCAACCCGCAGGUUGGCAGCCAGGCUCCCAACUUCCAGGCGUUGCUGCCCAGUACGCUGGACAACAGCAACAGUUCCUGGCUGUGGAAGAACUUCCCCGAUCCCAAUCAGUACCUGCUCAAUGGGAACGGAGGAGGGGCCGGCAAUUCCGCCAGCAAGUUGCCACAUCUCACGGCCAAACCAGCCACGGCAACGAGCAGCGGUGGAGCGGUGAACAAAUCGGGGGGAAGCCUGUUCACCCUCAAGCAGCAGCAACAGCAGCAGCACCAGCAGAAGCUCAUCGAGAAUGCCAUCAUGUCGAAGAUACCCAAGAGUCUGACGGUGAUCCCGCAGCAGAUGGGCGGAAAUGCCAGUGGCGACAUGGGGGGCAGCAGCUCCUCCGGCAAGGACUGAUGACGGCGAAAGAGGCCGCCAUGGGCAGGGGGAGCAGCAGCAUCGGUGGGCACCAGGCGGAGCAGCAGGAUCAACAAGCAGGCGGCCAGCAGCUUAAGCGGCGAGCUUCAGAACAAGAGGUGACCGGCGGCGGCUCCAUGGAUAUCACAAACUCCAAAAUUCCAUGGCUGCAGUAGAAUAAGUGAUACACUGAAAAACACAAUGGACGUACAGACAUGAAACAGAUAAGAAAUCAAGAUAAUUCUAAGAUUACAUAACGUUGAUUGUGUAUAAAACGAGAUACGGUUACGAAUACGAUUACCUUUUAAGAAACCCACUAGUUAGGCACUUGAGCCGAUGCCACAGAUGCAGGAGAUGAUGGAACAGAUGAAGAUGAAGAUGCCGAUGCGAAAGCAAAUGAGGAAACGGAUAUGGAUAGUUAGAGAUAGCGAUUCACUUUGCUCUAAACUAUGCUACUCUAUCAUUGUAGACUUAUACUAUAUUUUUUAAUUAGAUUUACGGGCAUAUUAACUUGCGAUUCGUGUAUUAUAGAUACCAAAAUUGCUAGAACUAAAAACGGUUUAUAGAUUUGUAAGCGACCCCAAAACACACACACACCUACUGCUACACAAACUGUCACCCACACACACACACACUUACUUUAAGAGAGAAUGCAGCACAAAAUAUAAAUUGUGUCCAAGAAGAUAUAUCAACUUUGGGCUACUGGUGAUCCCAGGACCGGAAACGGGGAACAGGAUCACAGAGCCUUAGUUGUUGCAUGAAUCCCAACCAGCCCAGGAGCAUUUUCCGCACACUAUACACUAUACACUCUACACAAACUAGCAGCUAGCAAUCCAAUCCCGCACAUAGAAUACGAAUACCAACCAUUCGCUUGUAUGUAUACUCUUAAUUUAUAACCAUUUUGUAUUUCCAUUUAUACAUCUACCCAUUGCGCCCCCGAACCCACUCACACACAGAUACAGAUAAUUAUAUAGACCUAACAUUAACUCUUAAACUGUACAUAUUUUUCAUGGAAACAACAGAUAAAUACAAAAACUACAAAAUCCAAAAUCCAAACUAGAAUACUAUAAUUCAACCAAGUUAAACCAAAAUCGAAAGCAAAUGCGAGUGUGAACCACAAACAAUCAAAUUGAUCGGUGUUCUCGGUGCCUCUGGUGGCCUCUGUUCCAUUCCAAGGAAUUCUUAAAUCGUAGCUGCCUAAGCAAAGCAAGAGCGUUGGUAUUAAAGCGAAAUUGAUUUGCAAAUUUUAAAUGACAAAUUGAAAAGCUUUCUCGACAAAUAUACCAAUUUUAUUAUACUAAACACCCAGCAUAUACAAUUGUAAAUUAGCCUGUUAAGCAUAGAUAUAUUUAUACACAUAUGAGAAUUCAAUUGUUGUUGUUAAACAUUGAAAAUGUAUUUAUAAAGCGGAAAUUGAUUGAUACCAUACAUAAACCAUACAUGAAUCGCGAAAGGAAGCUAACUUUGGCAAGCCGAAGUUUUUAUACCCUUGCAGUAAAUAUAUUAUAUAAAAUUGGCCGCUGAACUAAAGGAUAUAGUCAACAAUUUUGUAAAGAACUUGAAAAAUUGUAUAUAGGCGAAAAACUUUUGUUUCAUGAUCUUAAAGUCAGGUUUAUAGUCUUCCCAUAAAAUUUAAUAAUCGUUAAAAACGACAACUCCUCAAGUUUCCUGUGAUCAACCUUAAAUGCAUUUGCUGCAGUUAUAGGUUAUUAGUAGUCCGAUUUCUACACAGAUCUCCAAAUAACCACAGAAGUCAAAAUCCAAAGGUUCUGUAAUUAUCCUUAGAAACAAUGCGAUUAAUUAUUCCGGAUAUAGAUACUUAUUAAUAUUAGCAAGGCCUCUGCAAGUGUGUAAGAAAUAGUCCUAUUCCGAUUCAUUGGAACGGAUGCGAGUCGGAGCUGGAAGAGGAGAGGACUACUCUCUGGUGACCCUGAUGAACAUUGAUUGCCUUGAUCGAACCUGGUUUUGCAAAGCCCCAUGGAAAAUCGUGUGCCUGUGUGUGAAUCAACGCGUGCGUGUGUGUGUGCGCGUUUGUUUAAGUAGUACUUUGUAGCUGAUAGGUCACUUGAUCCAAAACCCAUCUUAUAUUUACAACUUAUUUAUGCAAUUAUUUUUAAAAGAUUACAAAAAAAUCAAAAUUUCAACGAAUCGAGAAAUAAAUUUCCCCAUGUCCAGCUAAGAAA